AAUAUAAUGCCCCAAUUUAAUUUGACUUGUCUCUCAGUAGCCUCAUCCCUGGAACGAACAGUGUAAUCUCACUCUGCUUCUUCAGCUCUUCCACUCCGCUCCACUCCAGGGUUAUCAUUAUCAUUAUCAUUAUCAAUGGAGAUGCCAUCGAAUGAUGAUCUGCAAAAGCCAUCAAGUCCCCCCAUUGACACCCUUCAACAUCAGGAUACUGUGGUUCCUGAUGUACUGAAUCAUAUUGAUGAAGAGCCGCCGAAGGUUGAGAUUACCGAGAAUGAAGCUAGAGGCAUACUUGAAAUUAUUGCAUCCACUGGGAAGUUCUGGCAUGAGUGGGACAAGUUAAAGGCGACCUUAUCCUUUCAGCUGAAGCAGGUUUUGUCGGAGUAUCCCGAGGCAAAAAUGAUGGAUGAACAGCAAAGUGCUUCUCUAGGAGAAACAUUUAUUGAGUUGGUCAAAAGGUUGGAUGAAGUUCUCCAUAGCUUCGAUCGAGGUCCUCCAUUUACCCUUCAGAGGCUGUGCGAGAUCCUCUUGAAUGGCCGGGGCAUUUAUCCAAAUCUCUCCAAGCUUGCACUAGCACUUGAAAAGAAUCUCCUAGUGACAUCCAUGCUUACCAUCUCCACCGAUCCAUAUCCACAACCAGCAGCGAUAGAGCCAAACGAACCAGAAAAGGCUAAUGAGGAACCGAAAAUGGAAUCUAUUUCUGCGCAAAAUGGGGUAGAAGAUGGGACUGGUGAUAAAGAUGAAGUAAUGACAGAGGUAGAAGAAGCCGAUACAGUUGACAACAUGACCAUCGACAUGGAAGCCUUGGAGAAUUUUGUUGAAUCUACCAAAACAAACACCGUCUCUCCAACCCAUAAUUCUUAGCUUCUAGUACUUUGGCUCGCAUAUUAAUUUUUAGACGCCUAGCGGUUGGUAUAGCAAUGCCGUUGGAUUUUGAUGAAGAUAAAAAUAUAAGGUAUCAUAUAUGAAGGCAAAUUUUUUACGGAAAUUUCAUCUACUUGUACAAUUCGGUUCAUUGACAUGAGGAGGACCCAUUUGGCUUCUUCAGCAUUUUAUUUUAUGUUAAUUUCACAAUUAGAUUGAGUUGUGUACCUAUCUAUACAUAUCUAUAUUUAGAGUUUUGUCUGUCUGUGAUGUCUACUAUGGUAGCUAGAAAAUUCAACUGUUCAUUGUUUUUUGCAAGGAAACCCAUCUUCAUUCAUUAUCAUGGUAUUUUUGUCUUUA